AUGGGCAAGGGGAAGAUAGGUGCCCAGUGCGCGCACGCGGCGGUGGGCAUCCUGGGCCGCUACCGCGGGCGCCACGAAGCGGUGUUCAGGCAGUGGGAGGCGAGCGGGCAGCCCAAGAUCGCGUUGAAGGUCAAAGAUGAGGAGGCCAUGGCUGACCUGGCGGAGCGUGCGCAGCAGUGCGGGCUGAUGUGCUACAUCGUGCGCGACGCUGGCCGCACCCAGAUCGCCGCAGGCUCCCAGACGGUGCUGGCCAUAGGGCCCGCACCCAAGAGCCGCGUCGAUCAAGUGACCGGCCACCUGCCACUGAUGUAA